AUUGCCUCCCACAGCUGAUUGUCCAACUCGUUGGUCUUACUCGUAUGAGUUACUUAAACGGUUGAGAAACUUAGACACAUUCAUCUCAGAAAAUAUGAAAGAAGCCAAUAUUGACUGGUCAUUUGUAGAUGAAUUUUUAAGCAGCUUCAGCAUAAUUAAAAAGACAACCGUAAAAUUGCAAGAAAAAAAUUUGCUAUUUGGAGACUUCAUUAAAACCUAUUUGGAAAUGAUUCUUGUUGUAAAGAAAGAAGCGGACAAAUAUCACAUUUCCAAACUUUUGUUGCAGUCUUUAAACCAGAGGAAAGAUAACUUGCUCCAAAACCCAACCGUGGCGGCAGCAAUCUAUCUUGAUCCGCGACUGAGACGGUUACUCCACAGUCCAGAAUUCGCACCUUUAAAAUCAGUUGCAGUAGCGCAUUUGAAGGCUCUCUACUUAAAAAUUCAUGGAAAUGACAACAAUACGCAAGAGCCUGCUGCUAAUUCAAGUAGUGAAGUACAUGAAGACAGUGACAAUUUGCUUGGCACACUACUAAACCAAAUCUCCCAAUACGAACCAAGAAGCGAAAAUACCACAGAGGCAUUUUCAAUCAUAGAAGCAUUCAAUGAAAAUUGCGAUUUGAAGGCCAAUUUAGCAGACUAUUGGGAGUCAAAAAAAUUUACUCACAGUACCUUGUACCAGCUAUACAAAAUUAUUCAUGCAACUCCCGCUACGCAAGUUAGUGUAGAGCGGGCGUUCUCCACUUUAAAAUAUAUAAUUAAUGACUAUAGGUCAGGUUUGAGUGAUGAUAUCACUGAAGCGAUAUUAAUGUUACGGCUCAAUUAGUUUUCGCAUAAUUUCUUAACAGCGUUUUGUUUACUAUUUGUUAAUUAUUUAAUAAAAAUAAAUCCCAUAAUGCUACGUACUCCUACAUAAAUUUUGCUUACAAUUUUCUUCUUAAAUAAUGAAACAAAAAAACUAUUGAUAUUUCCUUUUUGAUAAUCAA